AUGGAGAAGUACACCAAUAACGUACUUAAAACUUUCCACAAUAAAUCAAACCAUGUUGACUGCGCCAAGGUUUGUACAUCUAACUGUUUGUCAUUCACCUUUGACCCCGUCACCAAGGAAUGCCAGACAUUUACCUCGAUGUUCUGUAGAAAUGAUACUGCUCCGAAAUCUUCAUCAGUGAUGCUGUUUACUAAGGUCAAGACACAGAUAAAAAACACUGCUGAUCCUGCUGACUGCAGUGACGUGGAACAGGCCAUCUAUUGCUCUGGUGUAUAUCGGAUUACGCCGUCGCCGGGUGUCAGCUUCGACGUGUACUGCGAGAUGGACACUCCUGACGGACCCUGGACGGUUAUACAGAAUAGAGAGGAUGGGCAAGUGGACUUUUACAGAUCUUGGGAAGACUACAAAAAAGGAUUUGGAAAUCUCAAAGGAAACUUUUGGCUAGGAAACGACGCCAUCCACCAACUCACUAUUAAAGCGUCUGUACUCCGGAUUGAAAUUGUCACGUCGUCAGGUGAUGCUGGACAUGCGCAGUAUUCCACAUUCAGUGUUGGAAACGAGGCCACAAACUACAGAUUGACAGUGUCCGGAUUCAGCGGAAUUGUCUCGUAUGAUGGGAUGGCCGUUCAUAACGGGAUGUCGUUUUCAACUUUCGAUAGGGACAACGACCAGUACCCUCUUUCAUGUGCUGAAAGAUUUAAAGGGGGCUGGUGGUACGGCGGUUGUUACCGUUCAAACUUAAAUGGCCUAUCAUACACGAAUGGACCAGAUGUCUUACAAACAAUGGUGUGGUUUAACUUCUAUAGCAGUACUCCCUAUUCUAGUUUGACGAAGACAAGGAUGGUGGUGAAACGCUCGACUCCGUAAAGGACACACCGCGAUCGCUAUUAUCGUAUGAUUAAUUUGCCGAGACGGACAUUACAGUGUAUAUCGUCUCCGAGACGGACAUUACAAUGUAUAUCGUCUCCGAGACGGACAUUACAAUGUAUAUCGUCUCCGAGACGGACAUUACAGUGUAUAUCGUC